GAAGAUCAGAGGAGCGUUUGACCCCUGAACCUGCGUACACGACCCCACCUGCAGAUAGGUAGCUCCUGGGCAGCUGCACAGACUUAAAUCCAUCUAAAAUGUCACAGUUCUGCACCAUGUCGGACAGCGAGAGGAAGAAGCGAGCCGCAGCCAUUUGCCGAGAGGUCCAUGGUACCAACGGUGACACAAUAGACCUGGGGAAGAAGCUCAGCACCCCAAAAGACAUCAUGCUGGAGGAACUAUCUUUGCUCUCUAACAGAGGGUCAAGGCUGUUUAAAAUGCGACAGAGAAGAUCAGACAAAUAUACGUUUGAAAGUAUCCAAAAUGAGGCAAAUGCACUGCUCAAUAAUGACAUUAUAGAUAUGAAUACUCACACAGUGGAAAUCAGUGUUGGUGCACCAGACCAGCAAAAUACUACAAAUCCUGAAGUCACUGUCUCAGCCUCAGCAACAGAGAAACUGAAUGCUACUGCUUCGCACAAGUCGUACCACUCUCCCUGGGAGGAGGCCAUCCUGAGUGACCCUGACCUGGCUGAAACGCUCAAAGUGGGAAUGCCUGUCCCUAACCCCAGAUCGGAGCUGCCUGAAUACAAGUGCUUUAACCGAGUGGCUACACCUUUCGGAGGUUUUGAAAAGGCUCCCAGAGGAAUCACGUUCAAACUCCCAGAGCUGGACCUGAACCCGCCCAAGUAUCCAGAGCUGCAGGACCCGGGGCUUAGGAGGCCCACCUUCAAUAGGACGGCCCAGGGGUGGAUCUCAGAGGGCACCCAUCUCAUCGUGCCCACCAUCACCCUGGAGCCACCCACAGUCCCGGAGUCUGAUGACCUGUAAUGUGAACACAAGUGUUCAGUCAUCAUCAAUAAACAUAGUUGCAGUUUUGUUAGUUGUCUUACAAUAAAAAUACAUUUCUAGUUGAAGGAGUGUUUACUGCAUAUUUAUGUACAUACCAAAAUAUAGCUAUGUAUAAUACAAUUGUAAAUUAUGUAAUGUGAAAAUGGGAUGUAAAUAAAAGUACAAAAUAAAAGAAUUGAUAACUG